AACAUGACCUCACCACCACCUGUCAACAUAACCUCACCACCUGUCAACAUGACCUCAGCGCCGGUCAAUAUGACCUCACCACCUUUCAAUGCAACCUCAUCACCUGUCAACAUGACCUCACCACCUCUCACAUCAACAGCUGCACCAACCCCAUUACAGACUGUGAAUAUUACAUCAGCUACUCCCAAUGCUACAGCUGGUCAAACUGCAGCUAGUGAGGGAACCCUGGGUCUUCAGUUUAGUCUCAACCAAACAUUUACAUCAGAUCUCUUAAACACAUCUUCCUCAGAGUUUCAGGCUUUAGCUUCAACAGUGGAGUCACAGUUAAAUGAAGUGGGUCGCAGACUAUAUGGACUAAGCUUUGUUCGCGCCAAAGUUAACUCAUUCAUGAGUGGAUCAGUGGUUGUCAGCUCAACCCUCACGUUCACGAAUCAAAGUUCAGUUCCUGCAACAAGCACUGCUACCUCACAACUCAGCAGUGAACUAACUAGCAACUCAACUCUGAACAUUUUAGCAGGCAGUGUGACUGCAGGUUCUACAGCUGCCACUACCGCAGCUCCAACAGCAGCAACAACUGCUGCCACUACUGCAGCUCCACCGGCAGCAACAACUGCUGCUCCUUCUGUAGCUGCAACAACAGCUGCCCCUUCUGCAGCUGCUGCCACUACUGCAGCUCCACCAGCAGCAACAACAGCUGCCCCUACUGCAGCUGCCACUACUGCAGCUCCACCGGCAGCAACAACUGCUGCUCCUUCUGUAGCUGCAACAACAGCUGCCCCUUCUGCAGCUCCACCGGCAGCAACAACAGCUGCCCCUACUGCAGCUGCCACUACUGCAGCUCCACCGGCAGCAACAACUGCUGCUCCUUCUGUAGCUGCAACAACAGCUGCCCCUUCUGCAGCUCCACCGGCAGCAACAACAGCUGCCCCUACUGCAGCUGCCACUACUGCAGCUCCACCGGCAGCAACAACUGCUGCUCCUUCUGUAGCUGUAACAACAGCUGCCCCUACUGCAGCUGCCACUACGGCAGCUCCACCGGCAGCAACAGAUUCUCCAACAUCCAGUGAAGGAACUUUGGGUUUACAAUUUAGUCUCAACCAAACUUUCACAUCAGACCUCUCCAACCCAUCCUCAACAGCUUUCCAGACUUUAGCUACAACGGUGGUCACAGAGGUAAACAAAGUCUGUGUAAGGGUCUUUGGACCAUCUUUCAGACGCUCCAUUGUGAACUCAUUCACGAGUGGAUCAGUGGUUGUCGCCUCAACACUUGUGUUCAACAGUUCAAGCUCAGUACCUGCAACAAGCAGUGCAACUUCACUUCUCAGUCGUGAACUUACAAGCAACUCAACAUCCCUGAACAUUAUUGCUGGCAGUGUCUCUACACAGGCAACAUCAACAUCAAACAGUCUAAGGCCUACAAUGGGCUCAUUGGUAGUCCUAAUAGUAACACUGCUGACUGUGGCUCAGAUGCUGAUGGACUUGUAACCAGCACCAAUGGCAGAUUCACUGACUUAGGCAAUAGCUUGACGCUAUAAAGUCGGAGGAAAAAAGAAAUUUUCGAAGAAACAAGAACCAAAGGCACAAGAGGUGUACAUUAUGAAAGUUACCAGUACAAUGUCAUAUGGUAAAAAGAUGUGUACUGUUUGUCAAAUUCUAAAAAGAUAUUUUCUUUCAUUUUAAUUUUACCUCUCUCAUUUAUUUAAAGAAAUACUCUAAAGGAUUGUAAGAUUAAAACUAUCUAUGUUUGAGACUACUUUGUGUUUUUGUAGAACUUGCAAUUCUUUUUUUUGUAAACGUCUCUUUGUGUACUAUUUUUAUAUGGCACUGUGAGGACAUGUUUUAUUAAAUACCAACUAUUUAUUUUCAGUUAAAGGCAUGUCAAAACAUAAAUUUCUAGAUGCGAAUGAAGGAAGAACUGUGCAGUUGUAGUUUGUCAAGCCAAAAUAUUUGGGUGUGGCAGUUCAGUAGGAAUAUUGGUGGAGACCAAUAAUUCAUAUUAUAUUAUUAUUGUUUUUCAUCUGAAAACAAGUAUGCAGUUGGUAAAGACUCAAAACAUAUUUUAACAUAGAGAUCUAACUACAACCAUGUUUUAGGAAGCUAAGGUUAACGGCAUAGCAUAGUUAAGUGAGUGCAAUAGUACUGUUGAGCAUAAUAGUUACAUUGAAUAAAAUGUCUGGUUUUGUACUUUUAAGUCAAUGAUGGCAAUUGGGCUACUGCUUGUCUAUAGAUUCCAGGUACAAUAAUAUAAUUUAGCAAAAUUACUUGUUUUAAUUCCCAGGUUGAAUAAAGUCCUUCUUCUUGAAUGUUCUUUUUGAUAUUGGGGUUGAACAAGUGCAUUUUGUAUUCAUCAUUUAAGUAUAAAAUAUUGCCUUUAAAAUCACCAGUUGUUUUUUCUAAUUUCUUUUAUCUCUCUUAAAAAAAGAUAUAGCAAAAUAUAUUUGUACUUAAAAGUAUUCACACCUCAACUUGAUGGCAAAUUAAACUAUUUAUAUGUAAUGGUGUGAUUGAUAUACUACUUUAAUUUUCUGUUCAGUUCAGACAUCUUAA